AUGGAGCGAAGAGUCAGCCUGAAGGAUCUUAUCCGGAACGCUGGCGUCAUACCCGUCGACCAGCGCCAAGCAGUUCUCCCGGCCCCAACACAGCCGGCGGUCUCAGUCAGUGAGGAGGACAUCUCCCAGGCCCGAAGUAUUCUACUGGAUCGGAGAGCCAAAAAUCCAGAAAGCAAGAAUGUGCUGAAAAGCAUCUUCAAGAGCUCGAAAGAGAAGGAUAAAGGACAAGAUGCAGGGCAGUUCUCGCAAGAGGAGCUUGACCAAGCUUUAUCCGCCGUCAUUCGCAGUCCAACGACAGGCCCCGGCUUGAUUCAAGCUUUCCUCACUCUGGGCGCAAAGGUCAAUGUCAUUGAGUCAAUUGACAAGAAGAGAAGAUCAAGCAACCAGGCCAAUACAGCAUUGCGGCGCCGUAGUACGGUCUUACAGCAGGCUGCAAGCCUGAGGAAAGCCGAUGGUGUCAACAUCCUCGCUAGCUCCGGUGCGGACCAACAAACUCUGGAUGAAGGACUGAAAGCCGCUCUCACGGCCAACGAUCAAGAAAGUGUGGGUCUACUAUUACGCCAUGGAGCGGACCUGAACAACUUCCCCAAUGCUCUAGCGAAUGCAGUGCGAUCCAACGACCUGAACUUCGUCAAGCUCUUGUUGCGAGCACCGAAGCCACUUCGUCCUCAGAUAAUCUCGUCAUGCUUGCCUGCUGCGGUCCAGCAAGGCUCAGAUGCCACCAUAUCGCUACUGGUUGCGUAUGGCGCUGAUCCGAAUUUCGACUCAGCAAGCGCUCUGAACAUGGCCAUCGGGAGACAAGCCUACAAGAUAGCUAUCGCUCUGGUUGCUGGGCCGAUACCUCUCAACGGACCAAAUCUGCAGCAUGCGCUGGACACGACCGUGAGGUUGCCAACACGUCAGGCAACGCUACAGUUCCUGCAACUCUUGUUCUGCUGUGGACUGCCCCCCGAUAGUCGUGGUCUGCCAGACUUUCUUAUCUGUUUGGCGAGAGGCAACGACUCUGCUGGUGCGAAGAUGAUGGUCAGUUAUGGCGUACCGACGACAAUCAAUGGCGCUGAGUGUUUAAGAGAGGCUAUAGAGAACUCAAACUGGAGCCUGGUAGAUGUCAUCCUCCAGACUAACAUCGCUCCCCAGCAUGCAACAGCAGCACUGUCUGUAUUGCCAACCAACGCCCCACAGCCAGAUAGACUUCGUGUAGUCGAUGCCUUGCUAAAGAGAGGCGCAACAGGUCCUCCUCUCGGCCCCUUACUUACACAGGCCACCAAGGAGAGAGAUACUCAGUUGAUAGAUCUACUUCUCAGUGCAGGAGCGCCAGUCGAUUCGAGCGGCAACAGUGCCCUUCACUUUGCAGUGGUCAACAGAGACAUUCGAAGCCUUCGGUCCCUUCUCAAUGCUCGUCCUCCACCUGAAACCUUGGCGAGUCUGUUUCCGCUUCUCUUCCACACUGAUGAAAUCCCGAUAUCUGAGCGACGAGAAAUUGCACGACUACUGCUCGAGUACGGUGCACGUGGCCCCGGCGUUGAUCAGGCUUUAGUCGAUGCUAUCGCAGAUACUUCGGCCGGGCGGGAUGGAGCUCUGAUAACAGACCUUGUUCGAAGAGGAGCAAACGUUGACAAUAGGGCUUUGUCGUUAGCAGCCGUGCAAGUCGACAUGUCUCUGCUGCGUUUGCUUUGCAAUGCCAGACCUGAUUCUUCUUCCACUUCGGCAGUCCUACCUCUAGCUUUCGACUCGCAGUCUGGCCGACAUUUAAAGACACUCGAGAUUAUCGACUUACUCCUUAGUCACGGAAUUGAGGAGGAGCCAGCAAGUCAAGCUUUGCAAAUUGCCAUCAAUAGCGGCCCUGACAACAUCGACAUCAUCGAGCGGCUCCUUACUGCGAGCCCUAGACUGCUGAGCACAGCUUUCAAGUACACUACGGCACUUCAGGAUCCGCAGAAGAAAGCACCGAUACUCAGUGCUCUUCUGAAAUUGGGAGUACCACAAGACUCACUGGAUCAGGCUCUUGCAGUGGAGACGCGACAGGCCAUUACGACAAACGACACUACCAGUACUAAGUUGCUGUUGGGACAAGGAGCAUCUGUGAGUCAUAACGAUGGCGAGGCGUUGAGUGUUGCGGUAGCUUCAGGAAACAGCUCGCUAAUGGCAUUAUUACUCAGUGGACAUCACCAACCAUCACGAUCUAGUGUCACGAGAUCAUUCCGUACGUUGUUCACCGACGAUAAGUUAUCACUAGAUGGAAACAAGGAGAAUAUUGGUGAGAUGGCACAAGAAUUACUGGUUCGUGGAGUUGAACAAUAUGCUAUCGACUCUGCUCUGCGAUCGGUCCUUAGCAACAGUUACGAUAGUAAGUAUACGGAGGCAUGGGUAGAUUUGCUACUCCAAAACGUCGCCGAUGUCAACACAUCGGAUGGGGCAUGCUUCAUCUUUGCAGCACAAAAGCACAGCCACAUCAUCUUUGAGAAGCUUAUGCGUCACAACCCCAAUUUCAACAUCGUCGUUCCAGCCUUGUUGAGUUCCAAGCUUCAAGACGAGGUAGUCGUUGCCGCAAUACAAUCAUGCUCCGAUCACGGCUGCACACUUGAAGAUCUCGGUGUCGGGUAUAACAAGCCACCGGUUCUCAUCACCGCCAUGACUGUGUACCCGCGCAAUAGUGGACUCAUCACGCUAUUGUUGACAAACGGCUUAGACCCGGAGAUUACCAUCCCCAUGGUUCUCCAUUCGUCCAGCGGACCGGAAUCUGUCUCCGCACUCUUGUGGGCACUAGCACAACCACAGAAGCGCGUUUCGGACGCCAUUAUCUCCGCGCUUCUGGAAGCUGGAGCAUCCGUUACCCGAGUUUCCCCUAUCUCGGAGACUACGGCGUUGAUGCUCGCCGCUCGCGAGGGACGUCAUGAGGUAGUGAAUGCACUAGUCGUGCGGGGUUCGGAUGCGGAUCUUCGGGAUGCCUGGAACAAAUCCGCACUGUUCUACGCUAGUAGUAGUUUGUCUGGGGAAGCCACAGUGAAAGUACUAGCGCCAUGUGUGCUAGGAAAUGAUGGAAGCUUACACGAGGCGGCCAGAGAACUUGACGUCGAAGUCGUGAGAGUGCUAUUGGAGCAUGCACAUGACCCAAACUACCCGUCCCGUCUUCACGGCGGCAGGAACGCCCUUGGGGAACUAUGCCUCAAAUCAACAGUCUCCACAUCCGCACAUCGCUCAAAGCUUCGCCAGCUGCUGCGUCUUCUGCUACUCAACCGCGUGAACCCCAAGUUCAGGGCCCGCAACGAAAAGUCUGCUGUCAUCCUCGCGCUCGACAAUGCCUACAGCGCCCUCCCCAUCACCGAAGCUUUGUUAGAGACAGAAAUAUGGCAAGAUCUCAACGACGAAGCACACAUCUACUGCGACCCAGCUUCAGGUCUCCACUACUCUCCGUACUCUUACGUUGACCUGGUAGCCACACCUGCUCGCGCUCCCGUUAAACAAGCCCUCCUCGACCUUCUGCGCGACAAAGCUUGUCUUCCAGUCUACUACUCCUCAUCGGCACUUCAACCCGUCGGCGCCACCGGCAUCCCACCUCCCAUAGCCAAGCUCGUCGAUAAGCAAAAGGAACACGAACUCAGCAUACGCCACGAGAAGGAAAAGUUUGAGCACAGCCGCACGAUCGAAGAGACCAGCCACAAGGACAUUUUAAGAAGAAAGCGUGAGAGUCAAGAUGUGGAGUUGGUAUUGCAGACAAAAGCGACACAGCACUACACUGCUUUGGAGCAGCAAAAGCACGAAUUUGAAGUCCAGCGGGUGAGAGAGGCGGAGCGUAUGAAGCGUUCUGAAAGGGUGGCGUGGCAUAAUCUGUUACAAGAGCAAGAGCGCGAUGCUGCUGCUGCGAGGCAAAGUGUAGAGGAGAGAAAAGUCAGGGAGGCCAUGGCGGCAGAGAGUAAGAUGAUUGAGCAGCGAAAACAGGAGUUGGAGCAUAGAGCUAAUGUGGAGAGGAGGAUGCUGAAAGAGAAGGAAGAACACUACGAGAGGAAUGUUAAGCGGCAGAAGGAGGUGAGGCAAAUUGAAGGAGGGCCGCCGCAGUGGGGAACGGUUGAUUAG